AUGAACGGACGCGAUCAUUCGCAUGAACAGAAUGAAGAAAAAAAUAUGCCAACAUCAUUGCAAAACCCGUCGCUAGUUGUCAAUUCAAUGUUGACGGCCUUAGCUCAAAGUUUACUUCCGUCGUCAACAAAUCAACAACAACUUCUCGCUGAUCUACAAGCAGCAGCUACCUUAGUAACUAAACAAAAGAUAUCACCAACAAAUGGCAAUACUCCUCUUGAAUUAGCAUCAUCUACUCGUACAGAUAAUCACGAUAAUUUACCACAUGUAACUCAAGCUAAACGACGUGCAACACACAAUGCUGUAGAGCGACGACGCCGUGAUCGUAUAAAUCAACAUAUUCAACAGCUAUCAAAACUGAUUCCGGAUUGUAGUAAUUAUGUUAAGAAUCAAAGUAAAACAGCUGUAUUAGAGAAAACAAUUGCAUAUGUUCAUGAACUUCGAACACAAAAUCUUGCUCUAGUUAAACAAACAGUCGAUGCUGGCAUUAUACUUCACGAGAAUGAUGCAUUGCGAGAUCGAAUUCGAAUCAUUGAACAAGAAAAUGGCGUUUUGAAAUCUUUGUUAACCAAACAAAGUCUAUUAGGCAGCAAUGAAUCUCCGUCGACAGCAUGA